AUGUCUGAUUCAUCCAACGAGACUACUGCCACUAUCUUCGAUCUUCGCAAUGAACAUGGAAUUUAUGAUGGCCUGAGCGAGCAGCUAUUGAAUCUUCCUACUGGUGAUUGUUUAGCGCAAGCCACAUACAAUCAAGAUUUCGUGCGUCAGAUCAAUACUCAUACCGGCAACUUUGCUUAUGUUCAACCCUCCUCUGGCAUUGAAUAUGAAAGCAUCAUAAUGGGCCAGAUUGCGGGAGACGAGAAAAUCAGAGCUUGUGGCACACAUUAUGCAGGAACUAUGAAUAAUCCACGUCCAAUUACAGAUAAAACACCCGUCAAAAGCAUGUUCUCCUUAUGCAAGCCCGAAGGAUCGCCAAAAGAACUUGCAGUCAUUUUUGAUAAUCAAUUGGCAACACUUUCAGAAGUAACACUCGCUCAUGAAGAGGAGGCUACAUCAGGAAGUUGGGGAGUCGGUGGUAUGACUAGGCGGAGUUGA